CUCGCUUGGUUUUUGGCAAAGUUCAAACGAAAUCUCUAGCCUCACUCCGAGUUUAGAGACAUUUCUUAGGAUUAAAAGUAAUGGACGCACGGCUUCCUACGCUGGAUGAGCCGCCCGAGAAGGCAUGCUCUGGUGUCAAUCGAAAUACGGUUCAAGCAUAUGCUGAGGCACUCCCCGUGGGGUGGCAAUUUUCGGCAGGGCCUUCGAUGCCCAAAUGGCCACAAAGGUCCACCGACUUCACAUCGAAUUCAUUCGGAGCCAGUAUUUCUGAUAGCGGCUUCACGGGGGGCAGUACUUGGGAUUUCUCAAAUGAUGCCCUUUGGAACGCGGGUGUGUGGGAAGACUGGGACCUUGAAUUUGCCGCCACCACAGCACCAGAUUCCGAUUUUCCAGCCUCUGUCUCGCCUGGAGAUAACUCCGUUUUACCAAACCAUCUCCUCCAACCCCAGCCCGCGAAUAAUUGGGGUUGCGAGGACUAUGUCACUGCUACAACUGAGUCAUCUGAGAAACUCGAUGUUAAUCUCAACGCACCCAACAUUUUUGCUGGAAAGCAGCGAGCCUACGAGCCGUCCCAGAGCAGUGGGAGACCACCCGGCCGACGUUUUGGUUUGUUGCUGCGAAGGUCUGGCCAAAUGGCGAAUACCACACUGGGGACUAUCUCUUUGGGCCGCACGCAACAAUGUCAAGAUAACAAGACAACAAACCACCGCAAGUCAGAGUCAACAGCAGUCUCACAGAUUAAAACAUCUCCGAGAACUCCUGAUCACUUAGAAUCAACCUCUUGGGAUGUCUCGCAACAGUCAGAAGAAGAAACUCCACCACCGCCACAACCCAAAGACAGGCGAUACCAUAAAGACACAGAACGUCAGUAUCGUCUGCGUCUAAAAGAAAGGUUUUCCGCUCUUCUUCAAGCUCUUCCAGAUGAUAUUGUGGAGUCAGCGAGUGGUCACUCAGGAAGAAGUCAUGCAGAAAAAGCUCUUACCAAGGUUGAGAUUUUGGCUCUUGCGAAGUCAUAUAUUGCCUCAUUAGAGCAAACUCAAACAGAACUGGAGGAGGAAAGUUUGGUGCUUCGCGGGCAGCAGGAGCUGUUCAAGAGACUUUGCAGAGGAAGGCUGGGAGUAAGUUGAUGCCCAUGCCUAUUGGCAUCUCCCUCUCGGACGUCAGAUAGCUUAUAUUUCGAACUUCUCAUAUCAGGAGCGUCUCGUGUUUUGUUUUCAUCACUGGGUUGGGGCCGUAAUAGCGGCCGAAAUCUGGUCUUUCAGAGAGUUUCUUAUCAUUAUUCGAACGUUUGUUCGACACCGCUUUGAAGGUAACUCGCCCUUAGAUACUCUACUGUUCUAUCAACUAGCACCUCAAUUGUAUGAUCACUCUCUCACCUAUGAAAAG